AACCUAGUCCCUUAUCUGACACGAGGUGAUCGCUCAUCUUUUUAGCCAUGGCGGCAAAUAAACUACUUUCUCAGCUAUUCCUUCCCAUGUCGUCAGUCAGCCUCGGACGCUUUGUCGUUAGCAUAGAAAACCCCCAUCAAGAUUUCCACGAUCCUGUCGAUUUCACCUCUCUCGAGAUUGCCGAAAAACUACAGAGGAAUUUUACCGGCACCUACACCUCCGUACGCCACCACGACGCUUCGGCAGAAAUUGCGACCCUCCUCUCUGCUUCGUUUUCGAAGCGGCUAAAGACCUUAGUACAAAUAACAACCGUUCAAGCAAAGACGUACUAUCUCAAUAAUGUCGGAGAAUGGUUUCAGAAUGCAGUUCGAUCUCGAGAUACUCAGAGAUGGAUUGAAAGGGUCAUUGACGAGGGCGAGGACAUAUAUGUGAUUGUGGCCUAUCACACACUGCUCGAUGCUCAUAUCCGAGAGUCAUCCGGAGAUUCAAGUGCAGAUAGAGGCAGAGUCGGUAUACCAAUUUCGACAGCAUUGAGUGCCUCAGGCGUGUGCAUGCCAUUCGUUGUGGGAGAUCCCGGACUUGGUGGCUCGUGGGGUGGUGUAGUAAACGAGCAAGGAUCUUGGGUUGCUCCGGGUGAGCAAGUGCAUGCAGUGCAGUAUCGGAAGGUCCGCUGGGACUGGUUUUCGCGUAAAAGAGUGGAAGAGAUGAAGUUAGCAAAGAGACCAUUCUGGGAACGAUAUGAUCGAUUCAGAAGUGCAGAAGACGAGGUAGAAGGCGAGGUGGAAGACAUGAUAGAGGUGGACUUGGAAGACGAACUAAGAGGAGAGUGUAACGAUUUCACCAUGAAAUUUGGCCCUCCCAGCGACAUACCAUGUUAGACACCGCGCUUUUUUGCAAUUAGUAGUGUACAUGACUCUUGGAUCGCAUCAGAAUGGGCUGCCGCAUAUUCUUCAGGCACUAUCAUUGUCCCAGCACAGUUUGGUCAAGUCAAGAUCAGAUAAGCUUUGUGGACUGACGACUGAGUUU